AUUGUGAGCAGCCUCCUGGUUCCCUCAGGGCCUAACACUUGGUGUUCCCUUGCAUCUGUGUCUGUUAUCAUCAUCAAGGCGAUGUCCAACAUGUUGCAUUGCAUUGCAUCCUGCUUCUACACGCCACAUUCUCUCGCAUGCGAUGAACACUUGGAAGAAGAGGUGACUUUAAAUGUCUCGUCUGCUUACGGUGGGACAGAGUCAAAAGCUUGUCAGGAGUACAAAAGUUUCUCUCCGGCCAACAAAUUUUUAGCUGGCUAUGUUUCUCAAAUGAAGAUGCGUGGAACCACACGGUUCAUCUUGUUCACCAACGCCCACAAGGCAACGAAGGGGUACUUAUGAUGAAGGAAGUACAGUGGUAACGACAAAUAUACUAGAAGAGCAACAUUGAUUCGAUCUAAUCAAACUCGACGUCGAAGAAACUUUUCACAAGAUGGCGGACGACUUCGACGAUCCGUAUGGGUAUGCGGAUUUUAAUGACAUCGACGAGUACGAUCCGCAUGCGGUCGAGGAAGAAUCUCCGGAGGAGGCUCUCGCACCAGAUGCGAAGGCCGGCGACGAGCCAAGUGCGGCCGACGGGAAAGCCGCGGGUGACGCAAAGGGUAAAACGGAUGCCGCUGUUGAUGGAAAUAAAGACAAGGCUGCAGGCGGUUCGACAAAGCCCAAGGGAGGAGAAGAUGCUGCGGGAGGCUUUGUGGACACGGGAGAAAAGUUCACGGCGGACGGUCGCAAGGCGCCGCUAUUGGAUCUGGAUUUUUCCGUCCGGGACGAGCGCGACAUCGACACGCUGCGUGAAUACGAGAUGGACAACCUGCACAGCGGUGCGAAGCUGGUGCAGCGCCGGCCGCGGCUGCUCACCGAGAUCACCGCGCGACAGCAGUUGUGGCACGGGCUGGAUCACGGAUCCUUCAUGUUGGAACGCGUCCUGGACCUCGAGCACACGCUGGGCUUUGUGGACGACGUGAACGACAUGGACAGUUGUAAUUUGUUCUGCGGAGGAGCAGGUGGACCAAAUAACGGAGCAGUAGCUGGCGCCAGCAGUAGUUCCUCCAGUAGCAGCAGUAGCACUUCUUCCUCGUCGACCUUCUACGGGGCUGACGUGGGCAACAUUCUGGCACGGCUGACGGAGAACGAAGCCGCCCGGGCGAUAUCAACUGUAAAAAUGUCUGGGUCUGGAAGAAUGCAAGUUUUUGAUGCAGGUUUUCCAUGACCCAUGAGGUCUGGAAUGCGAGACCCAGCAUGACAGAUUUUUUGAGGUCUCUAUCAUGCCUUUCCUGCAUGAGAAACUCCCUCUCAACUUGGUCAAAAGCGGACAGCUUUUAGUACUCACGCAACACAGUUUUUUGCAUCAUUCUGAUUUAGCACGACAAGUUCUAAUCUUCCAGACCCAGACAUUUUUACAUUUGAUAGGCGAAGAAGCAGGCCAACUUGGCAGCGGCGCAGAAAAAGCGCGCGCAGGAUAUAACCCGCUCAGGUGUUACAAUCUCAAACGUUACAAUAGAAUAUGGAAAUCUGUGAUGCAAGAGUGCAUGAUCUAGCCUCUUCCUACAGGAUUGCGCAUGACAAGUUUCGGAGCUCCAAGCCGCACUAUAAUCUGGCGAAAUUUGUAUUGCAGAAAGUGGAGCGCUCUGCGAGUUUGUCAUGCUCCUCAUGCAAGACAUAUUGUAACGUCUGAGAUUGUAACGUUUGAGCAGGUCAUACAGGACCGGCGGCAGCUGGAGCUGCGCAAGCAGAAAGAGCAGAGCGCGGGUGAGCACCUGAACAAGAAGGGCCUCUGGGUGGACCGGUACGCGCCCGCGUCCUACAUGGACCUGGUUUCGGACGAGAACACCAAUCGCAUCGUGCUCGAGUGGAUUUCCGCCAUCGAAAAGCUCAAUUUCGGCAAGGCGCUCACGGCCCCGUCGGGAGAGAAGGUCGUGUGGAAACCCUGGGGCUACCAAAAGGUCACGGUGGAAGAAGCGGGCGUCGACGAGGAAAGUCACGUGCCCCGCGUCCUGCUCCUCGGCGGACCCCCCGGCGUGGGGAAAACCACCUUGGCAAGGGUACUUGUGUCCGUUUGCGUAGGUGUAGUUGUGUGUGACUGUCCAGUAGAGAAGAUUUUUUGCGUAAUAUCUGAAUGAAAGUAGUUGCGUACUUCGUCGUUUGGUUGUUGUUGAUCCAAAGCGUGCGAACAGGUUUCGAGUCCUGCUCAUUAGUUCUUACGUACGCUUUCUGUAAAAAUUCAGGUUUUGGGAAAGCUGCGGGGCUAUCAGGUGAAAGAGUCGAACUGUUCCGAACUGCGCACGGCCGCGGAAAUGGCAGCGCGCGUGAAGGAGGUGUGCAGCCUGGGCGAGAACUUCGACAGCUCCCGAGCCGCGCGACGGCGGGCGCAGCAGCGCCAGCCGGUGUUCGAAAACGGGGUGUUGUUGACGGAGAAGGAGCUGUGGAUGCGGGAAAACAAGGCGCCGCUCCUGAUCUUGGACGAAAUCGACGGCAUCGCCAAGACGAGCGGCGGAGACGGUAGCAACAAGACGAUCUCGGCGCUGCUGAAGAUCAUUGACCAGGACAAGAAGGAGAAAGACUGCACGAAGUGGCGCAUUCGGUCGCCCAUCAUCGCGAUUUGCAAUGACAUGAAAAGUAAGGUGUUGAUCGACCUGAAGAAGUACGCGCAGGUGGUGGAGAUCGAGGGGAGCGCGAACACUAAGCUGCAGAACCGGUUGCGGGAGAUCAUGCGGCUGGAGAAGGUGCAGGUGCAGGAGGGCGCACUCGUCGACCUCAUCCGCGAGUUCCACGCGGACAUACGCGCCUGCCUCAACGCACUGCAACUCCUGUCUGCGAGUCACCCCAUCAUCGAUACCAAGAUCGUGCAGCAGUACCUGAACCGCGGGACGCUCAAGGGGGAAGACGCGCAGAUCGCGGACCUCUACAAGUGCUGUCUGAGACCGCUCAGCCUCCGCGGCAAGAGGAACGUAGCCCUGGAUCCCCGGAACAGGCUGAUGGAACUGGCAAAAGCCUUCGAAUUCCGCCCAGUCGCUUCGGUACUUAUCCAUACCAGCACCUGGGAUGCUUUUCAAUUUAUUUCCUUCGACUCCGCCGCUUGAUUGGUGAUGGAGGGUCAUCGCCGUUGAGCAGCGUAUUUAUUGAGUACUCACCCCCUCAUAACGACGUGGCUGUACUAGUACCGAUGAAUUAGAUAUAGUACUUUUUUCUGUAAGACGAACCCCCCGUGAGUCACUGUGAAGGUCAUGAUGACUAUACAUACUUUGCAGGACUUUCUCCGGCACUUAUUUGGCGUACCGGUCCGGAAGCGUGCGCUACGAACCUCGACUGCCCUGUCCCGCUUUUCCCGAGGCGAAGGCCUGGACCACCUCGGUUUCGUGGAGAACGCGUGGGAACUGAAGAAAUACGCCUUGUCUGUGCCCCUGCUGUACGCGAGCGCGCGGUGUGCCCCGGAGAACAGCGACCGCCGGUUUCGUGCGCGCAAAGCGACGACGGACCGGCAUUUUGACCUGGUCGACAAGCGGCGCGUGUUCGAGGGCCUGAUGGAAACCAUCAAAAGCCCGCCCGCGGAAAUCAAGCACGCGAAAGACCUGAUGAGUGGACCCGCGGCCGCCGCAUUUCAGGAGACGCUGGUGCAAGAUGCUAGUAGUUCUUCUACGGAGAUGAAACCGCGCGGCAGCACUAACGCGGCCGCGCAACAGCGCGCGAGCGCGAUCCAGAACGCCAGCAAGACGAGGGGCAGCAAGAAGACCCAGAUUUGCCCAGAGGACCAGCAGGAGCUGUACGCUCUUUUCGCCAGGCUGAUGCAGGUGCGAAACUACCGGGAGGUGCACAGCACCUCGCUGUCGGUGAAGAGCCGCGAUCUCGCGUUUGUGGCGCUGUGCGUCAAGCCGGAAGAAGGCUUCGCGUGGCACAAGGGCUACAAGGAGCGGAGCACGAUGGAGAGUCGUUUUCUCGAUCCGGCUCACGCGCUGCAGCCCUUGGAAACCGCGGUGCGCCUGAUGUGCGACUUUUUCUGCCAGUGGAGUUUCGACGAGUGGAGCGAGCGGUUGUGCCUGCAGCCCUGCUUGCCCUUGCUAGCUUUCCCGUACAAAAACCCCUUUGAGUUGGAGGAAAUGCACGGGAGCGCGAGCCUGCUGCUCUUCGGGGACGAGAAGCUGCAGGAAGCCCGGCGACGCAAAAACGAGAUCCGCAACGGGAUUUUUCAGAAGGAAGCCGAGCACGAGACCAAGGUGCGACUGCAGUUGGCGCUCGAGGAUCUGAACGCGGAAUUCCGUGCGCAGCAAACCAGGAUCGAAGCGCAGCGUCGGGAAUCGCUCAAGCGGCUUUCCGCGCUGCAAGAGGCGCGGCUCUCCGCGGCCGGCGGCUCGGGGAAGCUGGCCCAAAUGCGAAAAAACAAGAAGCAGGCCAAAGCCGAGAAGCCGACGUGGCUCAUGUUUCAAGAGGUACAGAAACCCGUCGUAAAGGAGAUUGCGGUCAAAAAACCCACGAAGAACCACAAAGCGCCCGUGUGGCUGCAGUACUUCGACGGCCACACUAAGGCGGUUUACCGUCCUCUGAAGAUGUCGCGUUUUCUUAGCUCAUGAAUGUAGCUACGGCAUCAAAGGGCGGUGUGGGUCUAAAAUUUCAUCAGUUCCGUGAUGGAAAUCGCAAAUACACCACCAUGGAAGAAACUGG